AUGGCAGACGCUGAGGAUAUUCAACCUCUUGUUUGUGACAAUGGAACUGGAAUGGUCAAGGCUGGAUUUGCUGGAGAUGAUGCCCCACGUGCUGUGUUUCCCAGCAUUGUUGGCCGUCCUCGUCACACCGGUGUUAUGGUUGGUAUGGGCCAGAAAGAUGCCUAUGUUGGUGAUGAGGCACAGUCUAAACGUGGUAUCCUCACUCUCAAGUACCCAAUUGAGCAUGGUAUUGUUAGCAAUUGGGAUGAUAUGGAAAAGAUUUGGCAUCACACCUUCUAUAACGAGCUUCGUGUUGCACCAGAAGAACAUCCAGUUCUGUUAACAGAGGCUCCUCUUAAUCCUAAGGCUAAUCGUGAGAAGAUGACCCAAAUCAUGUUUGAGACAUUUAAUGCCCCGGCUAUGUAUGUCGCCAUCCAGGCUGUUCUUUCACUUUAUGCUAGUGGUCGAACAACUGGUAUUGUGUUGGAUUCUGGUGAUGGUGUCAGCCACACAGUCCCUAUUUAUGAGGGUUAUGCCCUUCCACACGCCAUCCUCCGUCUGGAUUUGGCUGGCCGUGACCUCACUGAUUUCUUGAUGAAAAUCCUGACAGAACGUGGCUAUUCUUUCACCACAUCAGCAGAGCGUGAAAUUGUGAGGGAUAUGAAGGAAAAGCUGGCUUACAUUGCUCUUGACUAUGAGCAAGAGCUCGAGACAUCCAAGACCAGCUCUGCAGUUGAGAAGAGCUAUGAACUGCCUGAUGGCCAGGUCAUCACUAUUGGCGCUGAGCGUUUCAGGUGUCCAGAGGUUCUUUACCAACCAUCCAUGGUGGGAAUGGAAGCUGCAGGAAUUCAUGAGACUACAUACAAUUCCAUAAUGAAAUGUGAUGUUGACAUCAGGAAAGACCUGUACGGCAACAUUGUUCUCUCAGGAGGCACAACCAUGUUCCCUGGCAUUGCUGAUAGAAUGAGCAAGGAAAUUUCUGCACUGGCACCGAGUAGCAUGAAGAUCAAGGUUGUCGCACCACCUGAGAGAAAGUACAGUGUCUGGAUUGGUGGUUCUAUCUUGGCAUCCCUCAGCACUUUCCAACAGAUGUGGAUUGCAAAGGCUGAGUAUGAUGAGUCUGGACCAUCAAUUGUGCAUAGGAAAUGUUUCUAA